CGGUGUCCAGGUAAAAAAAUCAGUCGAUGGUGUCAUGCAGUCUGUCAUAGCCACUAUGAGAAGGAAUCAGAAAAUUUUGAUAAUUGCUGUAUUAGUGGUGUUGAUAUUUUACUAUCUGUUACUUCCAAGUAAAAAAUCAUCAAGAAGAAGAGUAGUUGAUGACAAGAAAGUCAGACAUCCAGUCUCUUACUAUAUAGCACAGGCCGUCAAAAAUGACACAUUAUUUCAUUCAGUUAUAAACCAGAAAUAUACUCAUAAAAAUACAAGGCUUGCCAUGCAGAAAUAUUUACGACCUCAUGAAUAUUCAAAUGCUAUUGAGAAUAAUGCUAUGCAACAAGGUAGUGGAGAUGUGUUUAAUGUGGAAUCUGAUGUGCUUGUUUAUGUACACAUACAGAAGGUGGGAGGAACUGCAUUUAACAACCACCUUAUCAAUGAUCUGAGGUUGGAAACACCUUGUCACUGUGAAAAUGGUUUUAGAGUUAUCAAGCAUGUGGCCCUGUGGCUACAGCUGAUUGGAAAUCUACCAGGGUUUUUUAAUGCAUUAAACCACCUAGAGGGAAAACAAAGACAAAGAAGAUAUUUCUACAUAACCUUAAUAAGAGAUCCUGUAUCGAGAUAUCUGAGUGAAUGGCAGCAUCAGAAAAGAGGUGAACACUGGGAAGAUGCUAAGUUAAGAUGUGAUGGUAACCGCGUCAACCUUUUUGAGGUGCGUCCUUGUUUCCAAGAAACUUGGGAAGGCGUUACGCUGAAUGAAUUUAUGGCCUGUAAAGACAACCUGGCUACAAACAGACAGACGCGCAUGUUAGCUGACCUUACAAAAAGUGGUUGUUACAAGAAAAAUAAAACGAUGGAUCAAGAUGAUUUAAGACUUAAAAGUGCAAUACAAAAUAUCGAACAAAUGGCGUUCUUUGGUUUGACAAGAUAUCAAAGAGAGACACAAAAGUUGUUUGAGAAAAAAUUCAAUAUGAAGUUCAGCAGAGAUUUUGAAGGGUUAGACGACGAUUCGGAGGAGGUGAAUGUCUCAGAGGGAGAAUUUCUUAACAUGAUGAAAUAUAUAGAACUUGACAUUCAGUUGUAUUUACAUGCCAAAGAUCUGUUUAUGCAGAAAGUUAAGUUUUUGAUAUGAGUAAUAUCUCGGACCUGGGAUCUGAUAUUUACUCAUUUUUGUGUUCAGGUGCUUACAUAUGCAAGUAUCAAAGGUUCAGGUAUGACAGUUAAUCAUUUUUAUACAGUCAUGUAUACACAUAUUGUAAGGGGACUGCGGUGGCCUAGGGGUUAAGGUGUCUGCCUCUCAACCCGGGGUUCGAGCACUAAUCGGGUCACAACCAUGUUUCUUCAUGUGGCACCAGUACUGAUUGGUUCCAGGAAGUGGACGAGAAAGUGAUUAAUAUUUGUUGCAAGAACUUAAAAGUUGUUUGGCAUUUGAGCUAAAAUAAAUAUGUAAAAAAAAAUGUUUACACAUAGAUAAUAUUUUAUUUUAUGUUAACCAGUGAAAUACUGCGUUUUAUCAGCGAAAAAUAUAAUAUCAGUUACAGUAUAUCACUCAUAGAGUGAGUAAUAUAGUUUUGCAAUAAUUUUUGUUUGCACAAGUAUUAUUUUGUUUGUUUAAAAUUUCAGUAAUUUAUGAAUGUACUGUACAUAAAAGUUCAAUUGUCUAUUUUUAUAAGUAUGGAAUAAACAUCAUUACUUCAUGGAAAUAGUUUCAAGUUAUGACACAAUGAUGACUGGUAUAAUAUCUUAAUAUGCAACAGUUUCCUGUGCUUCAAUGAAAACAAUCAACAAUUGCUUUAUUUACAUAUUAGACAAAAAAUAGAGAGAAAACGUUUACUUUCUUCUUUUAUCUUUUUAAGAAGAUGCUAUAUCUCAUAUCAAAGCGAGAAAUUAACUUUUAUUGUGUGAAUUUAUUUUGUGCCAUUUUCUCACUUUUCCAUGUGAUGAUAUAUUUUAUAUUUUUGCUGAACAAACAAACAUAUAUUCUAUUUGUAUUAUACAUUGAAUUGUGUAUCAUUACUAUUUGUGUUUGCUUAGUGUGAUUUUAACCAAGAGGAGUAUUUGGAUUGGCAUUCCUUAGGCUAUUAUUGGUCAAAUAAAUUACUAUAUGUAAAAUAUUCAGGUGAAAUUACUGUUCAGGAUAACAAAUGAGCCACAUCAUGACAAAACUGCUACCAGCAUGGAUCCAGACCAGCCUUCGCCUCUGCGCAGUCUGAUCAGGAUCCAUGCUGUUCGCUUACCAAUCCUUUUACAAGUCGAAAAACUGAUAGCGAAUAGCAUGGAUCCUGAUCAGACUGCGCUGAUGCGCAGGCUGGUCUGGAUUCAUGCUGGUUGCAAACCCAUUAUGUUAGUUUUGUCAUGACGCAGCUCAAAUGUAUCCUAGAUUCUUCCUUUCAAUGUUAAAAAUUUGUACUUUUCUAAAAUUUACAUAUCAUUGUGCAUAAUUAUAUAGAAUUAUUUUUUGUUGCACUUGCAUUUAUUUCUCAUAUCAAUUAGAGAAACAGUAUUUUGAUUGUUAUUAUACAUUUAUUCACUGCUACUGCAAAUAUGUUGUUAUUAAUGUUGGUAAUUUAUAAUUUACAUAUCAAUGUUAUACAUUUACUGCUGACAGAUGUAACUUGAAGUAAUUUUAUUUUGUUGAAUAUAUUUUAUUGAUAGUAAAGUAUGCAUGCUUGAAGAAAUGAUAAUUUUUAUGCCCCCAAAGGGAGGCAUAUUAAAAUCGCACCGUCCGUCCGUCUGUGUGUCCCCACUUCAUUUGUGUCCGGACUGUAACUUUGUCAUACAUUGAGGGAUUUUGAAAUCACUUGGCACAAUUGUCUACAGUAUCAAGACAAUGUGUGGCGUCCAAGAAUCAUGUCCCUACCUCAAAGGUCAAGGUCACACUAUCAUUUUGAAGUUUUACAUUUUCACAAUUAGAGUAAAAUGGUAGACGCACUCGUGUCUGUACUGUAACUUUGUCAUGCAUCAAAUGAUUUUAAAAUAACUAGGCGUAAAUAUUUAACACAUCAAGAAGAUGUGUUGCGUUCAAGAAUUACGUCCCUACCUCAAAAGUCAAGGUCACACUAACAUUUUGAAGUUUCACAUUAUCACAAUUAAAGGAUGUUUGAGAUGUAAC